AUGAGAGGAAUAAAAGUUUUACUUUUCGUCGCCAUGGCCGGGGCUUGUUCCUUCACCUUUUUACUGUUGGCCUGCGCUCUACCCCAAUACAAUGCCUGGUGGCCAAUGUUUGUUCUCCUCUUCUACCUGGUCACGCCAUUUCCGAUUGCUAUUGGACGAAAUCAGGACGAAGCUAAUAAUGUGCGUGACGUAUGCGUUUUCAUCACCACCGUGCUGAUAUUUUCUGCCUAUGCACUCCCUAUUCUUCUAGCCAGAAUCCCGGUUAAUUCACCCGCGAUUCAUUGGGGCGCUUGUGCACUCACACUUAGCGCCAAUACCCUCAUGUUUGUGGUCAUAUUUUGGGUUAUUUACCUGGCUUUAAAAGGAGAAGACUUCUUUUAUACUUAA